CUCUAAGGGAAGUCAGUCAGAUAAGCUUCCCCAGCGAACUGACAGCGGAUCCCACUCUGCAGAAUGGCGGCCAGGCUUCUCCUCCGUACUGCGGUUCGAGCUGCUGUGACCAGCCGGGCUCUCCCGGCCCAGGCUCAGGCUCUGACUCGGGGAAUGGCGGCUGGAGGUAUCCCGACUGAUGAGGAGCAGGCCACUGGACUGGAAAAGAUUGUGCUGAGUGCUGCCAAAAAGGGGGCAGAUCCCUACAACAUCUUGAAACCUAAAGAAUUUGCAGGCACUAAGCAAGAUCCGCAUAUCGUGCCCUCCAUCUCUAACAAGAGAAUCGUUGGCUGUGUUUGUGAGGAGGAUAACACAGCUGUGGUGUGGUUCUGGCUGCACCAAGGAGAGGCUCAGCGCUGCCCAUCCUGUGGGGCUUACUACAAACUCGUCCCUCAUGAACUGCCCCAUUAAGUAGUGGCUGUUUUGCAUCAUUUAGGCAGCCUUAACAUGCUCAGUUUCAGUAAUUCCAUAGGCGUACAUACCUCUUAGCUGUUCCUUAUUCCAUAAAUAUCAGCAAGAAUUGCAAUAUACAGGAACUUGAAUAUGCCAAGACAUGGACCACUUUCCAGUUCCCUGUUCUGGAAACAGGAAUGUUGCAUUCCAGCUUGCUUAUGGCAUUUUUUUCCCUCUGCGUCGCACAAUUUAGGUUUAGUUUUUGAACACCUGAAACCAGCUCAUAAAUGACCAAGGACAGAUCUAAGAAGUAUAGGACAUUAUAUUUUACCUUGCAGUCUUGAACUACUUCCAUUCCCAUUUAAUGCAAUAAAUGUUCCAUUGUAGUGCAUAUUUUACCUCGUACUUGCAUACGAGGAAAAGAGCAUUCCUUUACAUACUACUCCUCUUAACAAAAGAUACUGUCCAUGUUCAGGUUGCCUCUGCUUUACUUUGUAGAUGACAUUGACAGCUGUAACUUUCCCUGUGUUGUGGGAUUCAUUACGUAAUAUUUUGCUUCACAGCGCUUGAAACAUGAAUAAUGUGCUUCAGUUUUAAAUGUUCUGUAUUUAUCUCUGAAGAUCCUUUACAAUAAAUGAAUCUUGUGUUA